CCUUAACUACCUAGGUAGUAUACUACACACGAUGAUUACCAGACGCGCGUACACCGCGCUGAGUCUAGCGGAGCGACAGGUGAUUCAAUCACAGUACGCGGGAAGUGGGCAAUGCGUGCGAUGCUUCCACCAUGCGCGGCGCCAACAGGCGGACGAGCUGCGACCUGAAGAUGGAUCUCCUGCCAUCAAGGACAGUGCAAAGCGUGCAGAGAACAAUGGACCGCAGAUACAACCCGCACCCACCAAAAGAGCUCGCGCCCAAAUCAUUUCCAAUGAAAUCUCCGCCUUACAACGAGGUCCUCCCCCCGGCGACCCUACUUCGGGCCCCGGCAGUCUAGCUGGCACAAAUCAAACGAAUCCCUCGCCGCCCACUGUGAGCGCGGGCUUCACGGAGACUCCAACCAGUCUGGGUGCAGGAGGACGAAUGGGCGAGAAUAUCUCUGCUGGACGAGAAGGCGUCAAUGCACAAGGUGUAGGUCGAUUCUCGGGAUCUGAUGAAAGAGUGCGAAACGAACAUUCCAGACCGCAAGGAACGAGAAAUCCACAUGAGGUGCAAGAGCCUGCUGAAGGGGGACAGAGUGUAUUGGAGCAGGCUUCUGCGCCGAGAUCGUCAAGAGGACCAUUGGAAGGCGAAGCACGACUCCGCUCCAUAAUGAAAGAUGCUCGACCUCUGGGCCUCCCUGUCCGUCCCCAAGCUUCAUCGGUAACGGCCCAACGUCUCGUGUUACAAGGCAGAGGCACUGGAGUCCCUUUGGCCAGUCAACCUAUAGCUACCAUUCAUGAUCGCUUCACACUCGUCACCAAUCCUGCGAAUAACAACAGAGGUCGUGGAUCGCAAAGGCUGAGUCAGGCUGAGAGCGAAGCUCUCACCAAGGUUCUUGUUGGGGGGCAAUAUGACAAUGAGGGUCUGUUGAAUGGAAAGAAGAUCCAUGAGGUGGAGAUUCUGAAUGUGAUCAAGAGACAAACGAUGAUGAAUGGGACUUAUCUGGGGAAGGACGGGGAUCGGCUGGUAAAGAAGGUUGAGAGACUAUUACCUGCGAGUAGGUAGUUAGUCUGUUGCAGGAGCAAGGAAGAGGGUGGUGCCGACCAAGAACGCAUGAUGGAGCCCCAAAGUCGACGGGGCUCGCAUGAUAGAGGGACGGCGCUCAUGAUCGUGCACCAUGUUUGAUUCACUGAGUGUCUGUUCGUAUCCUCGAAGGGUCUGGUCUAGUUCCA